AUGCCCCAAGACCUCUGGGGCACAGAAGACUUCGUCUACAGAGACACACAACAUGACCCGCAUCUGGUCCUGGUGUUGACGGUGCAAAGCCUGCCCGUCCAUUGGGAGGACCAGAUCCAAGCCGAGAAGAAGCUCGGAGGAAAAGGAUUCGAAUUGAACUGCAGUCCUGGUCAUGGUUUUUACCGAGCACCCAACAAGGGUUGCCGGGUUUUCCCAUGGCCCCGUCAGGAUGAAGACAUCAUCAUCAACAACAUCGACAGAAACACCAACAUCAUCGUCGACAUCAAAGAAGCCAUCUACGCUUCAUCCCACGGCUCGAAUGAGGGGUCUUGCCAUUUGAUAUCAUCUGUUUUGGGACGUGCUGGCACAUUUCUCAUCUUUUGUUUAUUUUGGGAGUGA